AUGCCUGGGAAACAAUUGUCAGAUCCAUGCAUGGACUGUAAGGAUGCGGACGCCGUUCUCACUAUUCGGCGCCGCUCUCUUUGCAGGGACUGCUAUAUACAAUUCGUUGGAUACAAGGCCUUUAGGCGCAUGGAGAGGUAUCGUCUCCGGAAAGACUUACCGAGAACUGGGCCAUGUCCAGUGCUUUUGCCUUUGUCGUGCGGUCUCUCCUCAUCAGUCCUCUUGAACAUGGUUCAUGCACAAGUUGAAGAACAACUUUCGAAGCCACGCGGCCCUCAGGCAUUUGACCUCCACGUUCUCAUUGUUGAACCGUCGAGUAUUUCCUCGACCAAUGUGCUGCAAGACGGAGCCUUUGAGUUGCUCCAGCGUCGUUUCCCUUUGGCCUCGUUCACUCGUCUUCCUCUCCAUAGUGUCUUCGAAUAUGUACCAGGCUUGGACCGCAUUCUAGCCGAAUACGCUGGGCAAAGCUUCGCAGAUAAUACCUCGCGACCUCCGAAAGAACGCCUUGACGCGUUUCGCGCGUCUAUUACUUCACCUACUUCCAUCGCUGAUGUCGACUCUAUCCUACUCAAUAGACUCAUCAUAGCCUUUGCUAAGGAUAUAAACUGCGUUGGAAUUAUAUGGGGAGACUCCGAUGACCGACUGGCUGCGAAGACACUAGCCAAUGUCUCCAAAGGGCGCGGCUCGUGCUUAACAUGGCAGGUGUCUGACGGACCGUCCCCAUUCGGGAUGGAAUUCAACUUUCCAUUGCGGGACUUGUUUACCGCAGAACUGCAGAACUAUGCCAAUUUCUUCCCGGAACUCACCGAAAUAAUAAUCCCGGACGCUCCUCUCUCGGAUAACAUCCUCACAAAGAACCUGUCUAUUGACCAACUAAUGAUGCGCUAUGUUUCGUCCCAGGGUGCCAAGUAUCCCGGUGUCAUGUCCAACGUAACAAGGACAGCAAAUAAGCUUCAGUCGUCGCGAAUGCCCACUGAUGGAUCAAGAUGUGUACUAUGUGACACUGUUAUUUGCAAUCCUGAAGGGUCGACCAACCAAUCUCAAUUCAUUGUUGACUCCGAGAAACAUCCAUCGAACAAUUUCUGUUACGCAUGCGAACGCUCUCGUCCAGAACUAAGCUAA